AAAUGCUGCCAAAACAAGCCACUAGUACGUUAGAAGGAGUAGAUGAGCACAUAAUUCUUAAAGAGAACCACCACACACGGCCAAUGUGGGUGUCUGCAGACGGUAUAAUAAUACUAGAAAUGCACUCUGAGCAGAGCCAGCAAGCCCAGGACUUUCUUAUUGCCAUAGCAGAGCCUGUUACUAGACCUAGUAAUAUGCAUGAGUAUAAGCUUACAGCGUACUCUCUUUAUGCUGCAGCGAGUGUUGGGCUAAAAACAGAAGACAUAAUUGACACAAUGGAUCGGUUUAGUAAGAAUAAAGUGCCGUUGAGCAUUUUAAACUUUAUUAGGUCGUGCACAACCAGUUAUGGAAAAAUUAAAAUGGUUAUUCGGCAGGGAAGGUACUUUAUAGAAUCCCAGGAGAAUCAGAACAUAUCAUUUUUAUAUCGCGACCCAGUUAUUCAGGAGCUGUGUGUGCCAAUCACCGAGGAGAAAAGAAGCAUUGUUAAUUUUGAGAUAGAGAGGUCUAAAGUAGAGCUGGCAAAGAAGAGGUGUAUAGAGCUAGACUAUCCUCUGAUCGAGGAGUAUGAUUUUAGGACGGAGAAUACACUACCUCUUCUGGAUAUUGAUCUAAAGCCAACAACAUCUAUACGAACGUAUCAGGAAUUUAGCUUGAACAAAAUGUUUGGAAACGGACGGGCACGAUCCGGUAUUAUUGUGCUCCCGUGUGGUGCUGGUAAAACGUUGGUCGGUAUUGUGGCUCUGUGCACAAUGAAAAGAUCUUGCCUAAUACUGUGUACCACAUCCGUUUCUGUUGAGCAGUGGAAGCAGCAAAUAAAGCAUUUUACAAAUGUGAAAGACGAGGCAAUAGCAAUACUCACGUCAGAUACUAAAGAGAAAUUUUCUGGCCAGGCAGGGAUAGUUGUAAGCACGUACACUAUGGUAUCAUACAGCGGGAAGCGGUCAUACGAAACGCAGAAGAUAAUGGACUUCCUGACAAAUACUGAGUGGGGGCUUAUUAUUUUUGAUGAAGUUCAUGUAGUGCCAGCAAACAUGUUUAGAAGGGUAGUUUCAACAAUUAUUUCACACUGUAAGCUAGGGCUGACUGCCACGUUGGUCAGAGAGGAUGAAAAAAUAGAAGAUCUUAACUUUUUGAUAGGGCCAAAGCUGUACGAGGCUGACUGGCUUAAUCUGAGCGCGCAGGGACACAUAUCAAAAGUGUGCUGUACGGAAGUAUGGUGCAAGAUGACAGGGGAGUUUUAUAAACAGUACUUAGUGGCAGACAUACGGAAAAAAAGGAUACUGGCAACAAUGAAUCCAACUAAAAUACAGAUGUGUGAAUACAUUAUAAACAAGCACGAGGCGCUUGGAGACAAGAUAAUUGUUUUUUCUGAUAACGUCUUUACGCUAAAGGCGUAUGCUCUUAAGUUUGGCAAGCCGUUUAUAUACGGACCAACUGGGCAAGCAGAGAGAAUGCACAUUCUAAACCAAUUCAGAACAAAUCCGAAGAUUAACACAAUAUUUCUGUCAAAGGUUGGGGAUACCUCGAUUGAUCUUCCAGAGGCGACCUGUCUUAUUCAAAUAUCUGGUCACUUUGGAAGCAGAAGGCAGGAGACGCAGCGGCUUGGAAGAAUUCUCAGAGCAAAAAGAAGAACUGAUGAGGGUUUUACUGCGUAUUUCUAUACGCUGGUGAGCAUGGACACAGAGGAAGUUCCAUACUCCACCAGAAGAAGGCAGUUUUUAAUAGAUCAGGGGUACUCGUUCAAAAUAGUUGAAGAGAUCAAAGAAAUGGAAGAGAACCCACCCACUGUUUAUAGAACGAAAACUGAGCAGAAUGAACUGCUUGCCUCAAUCUUGCUGGCAUCAGACAGAGACAUACAGACAGAAUCAGAGGAUGACGAGAUUGACAGAAUUGAUAAAAAAGUAUCAAGUAAAAAGCUUUCGGCACCUUCGCAUCUAUCGUACAGUGAGAAAAGGUCAAAAUAAAAGAAGUAAAUAGGUAAAGCACAAAGAACUCCCAAAAUAUUAUUUUGUAAAAGUAACUGCACUUGUGAUUAUAGAAUUCAACUAAAUG